GAAAAGUUUAACUGUUUUCCGUUAGUCGGCGAAACCGAGGGUUUGAUCGAAUCAUUUUCUGUGAAAUGAUAACAUUUCUUCACAUAUAAACGGGUCUCUGAAUUUACAGACGACUUCGAAUUCAGGAAACGUACAGUGACAGUUUAUAUGAGAGCUUGUACAGUUUCCGGUAAAGUGUUUCAGAUAUCCUUCUUCAUAAUAUACUGGAGAGAUCAUACAUAAACAAGCUUUUGAUUCCGAAAAGCAUUCAAAUUUAUUCAACUGAUAAACGAAGCUGUUUUGAAAAAUCUUCAGAGUUUCUGAAAACGAAAUGAUCAUCAAGAAGACGAAAAUGAUUAUAUUUCGAAGAUCCGUACUUUUGUAUAUGAUAAUCCUUUUGUUUGCCAUUGCAUUGUUUUGUCAUAUAUUUACUGGCUUUUUCACCAUAAUUGAACCUGAAUUGAAUAGUACUUCAAAUAAAUCACAACAAAUUAUAUUUAUUGGAGGUUAUCCAAGAAGUGGCACCACUCUUAUGCGUGUCUUGUUAGAUGUACAUCCAAUGAUUCGGUGCGGUCCUGAAACUAGAGUUAUACCGAAGCUCCUCAACUUACAAGGUCAAUGGAGUAGAGGAAAAGAAAGAGAACGACUUAAAGCUGCUGGCCUGUAUCCAGUUGCCAUUGAUUCUGCUUUACGAUCAUUUAUAUUGUCUUUAAUCAAAAAUGCUGGAGAAGAUGCACCUGUUCUAUGUAAUAAAGAUCCACUAUCAUUUAUCCAUCUUGAAUAUUUGGCGCAAAUAUUUCCUGAGGCGAAAUUUAUUCACAUGGUACGUGAUGGGCGUGCUGUGAUUAAUUCAUUAGUAAAGCGAAAUGUUAAGAUUAGAGGAACCUCUACAAUAAUCGAUGAUAGAUUUUCCGCAUGGGAAACUCGAGUAGGUCAGUUUUUAACAGCAUGUAAAGCCAUCGGAUCUAAACGAUGCACCACAAUCAAAUAUGAAUCAUUGGUACUCCGACCAACAGAGGUCCUGCACAAUCUAUUUGAAUUCCUUGAAUUACCAUGGGAUCCGAUUGUUCUCCAUCAUCAAACGGCAAUGCACCAGAACUCUCUAAGCAG